CGAGGAGCUGCUGGGCCCCGCGGAGGACCGUGAGGCCAGGAGCCGCACGCUGCAGGACGCGCUGAAGGCGCGAGCAGCGGCCGCGCGCGCUGCCGGGGACGCCGACCUGGCAGACCAGGGCGUGCGCCCCGCCUUCGCGGAGUACCGGCUCACGCCCGCCUCCGCGGACCCCCGCAGGCCAGAGAUCGUUGGGAAGCUCCCUAUCGAGCGGAUCCGGGCGGACCUUGGGAAGCUGCUCACGGAGUCCCAGGUCGUGGUCGUCAGUGGGGGCACCGGCAGCGGCAAGUCCACGCAGCUGCCGCAGUUCCUACUGGACGACUGGAGGGGCCAGGACGACGCGGCCGUCGAGCCCACGGCGGGCGCGCCGCGCAUCGUCGUCACCCAGCCGCGCAGGAUCGCCGCCAUCUCGGUGGCGGAGCGAGUGGCGUGGGAGCGCGGCGAGCAGAUCGGGGAGUCCGUGGGCUACGCCGUGUACGGCAGCGCCGUCCGCCCCAAGCUCAGCAGCGGCUCCGUGGAGUUCGUCACCGUGGGCACGCUGCUGCGCCGCGCGGUGAGCGACCCGCUGCUGCAGCGCUACGACGUCGUGGUGGUGGACGAGGUGCACGAGAGGGACAUGCUCACAGACUUCUUGCUGAUCCUGCUGCGGGAGCUGAUGAUGCAGCGGCCGCGCCUUCGGCUGGUGCUGAUGAGCGCCACGAUGGACAUGGGCUCCUUCGCGGACUACUUCCGCUCCUGCCCCGUGCUCGAGAAGGGGUGCAUGGAGUGGAACGUCCGGAGCUGGGCCGUCACGGUGGCCAGCUCCGCCGAGGUGACGCUCUGCGUUCUUGGCCUGCGCGGUGGCUCGACGACCACGGCGCUGAUGGCCUUCAUGGACUCCGUGGGCCUGCGCGGAGAGUACGACUUCCUGUACGCGCCGUCCGACUUUCGAUCGAAGAGGGGCUUCGGGUACGCGAUCGCCAACUUUUUGAGCUCCAGCGCGGCCAAGAGGUUCGUGCAGCUUAUCUCGUUCGGUGGGCUCUCGAAGUUCGCGGCGGGCUCUGAUAUUCGCGUGACUCCCUCGAAGACGCAGGGGCUGGCAGAGUGCCUCCUCUCUUGGUACAGGAGCCACUCGCGCAGCGUGCGAAGCGCCAAGUUGUUCUGCUUCGUGCGGCCGCUUAACGCGAUUAUGCCCGUCAACCCAUACCUCGAGAUGCCGCCGAGCAUACCGCGCGCCAUGGACGUCCCGAUUCCCGCAUUUUCCGUGGCAGGAAGCGCCAAGUUGUUCUGCUUCGUGCGGCCGUUAACGCGAUGA